CCGUCUGACAUCUGACAAGAAAUCCUGUCCUCAUUUUCAAACGUCCUGUCUCAAAGAGCCAUAUCCUGUCUACAGAGAACUGCGCUGGGCCUCGGUUGUCAGUCUGGGGCAAACCUACAAGCAAGGGAUGUUUUCAUAUGCAGUUUCUCCAGAACAAGGCAGUAUAUACCACGGGUUUUGACACAUUAGACAUGGGGUGGAACACCCAUGUAAGGUGGAUUAUUGUGUAAUUAAGAACACUUGACUGUUCAAUACAUAUAUGCCGCAAAGGCAUCUGGAAUAGCAUCUUGCCGGGGAGGGGUCGCAAUGUAUUUCAUCUGAAAUGACUUUAUAAGGUACUUUGAUUUUAGUGUGUAGUAAAAAGAAAAGUACAAAUAUUUUAAAUAAUCCAGUUGCAUACGUAGUAGCAGGCACUUAACCUACUUCAAACACUGGAAAAAAAGCAAAAUACCCUCACCCCCACCCCCCCAAAGAAUCCAACAUAUUAGAAGGACCUUCCCUGAAACUAAGUUCUAGUUUUGGCCUGAAAAAAAAUGCUCUGUUCCCUAUUCGUGGUGGGGUUGCUGCCCUCGGACCCCUCCCCCACGACUCUCACCGCCCCCAGAUCUCACCCUCACUGCCACAACUACUCUUUAUCUUUUGGGUGACUGCUUGAGCAGAUUUAACUAUUUAUACUUUGUACAUCACCUAAUGAUAUAACUGCAGCAGCCUCGAUAAUGCUAAUCCUGUGCGCGUUCAGGAGGUUGAAUGCUCGCGUACAGUUUAAGUGGUUUAUAUCCUAUCACACUGAUUAACUUUUGUUAAUGGUAGGCGCAAACAACGGUUCGCAAGCGACUGCAAGCGAUUGGCCUCAAGAACAAAUUGCGUAAUAACUUGUGCUUUGGCUACUGAACCUCGUACGUCGAUGUCGGGCUUUGUUGGGGAACAGUCAAACAAAACAGGUCUGAAUUUAGGUUCCACUGGUUCCUGACCUUUCGACACGACACACAGAUGUAUCUAUAGCUAUAAUGAAUGUGACGAUGUAAUAAGGAAAAGCAUUACAAAUUGCAGCAUAAAAAGAAUACGCAAGACAACACGGCGCUAUGCAUUGCAAAAACGCGUUCAUACUCCUCACGGGCAUUUGUGCUGUUUUGACUUUGGGGAUGAUCGCCAUCCGAUACAGGACGGACAUGUUACCUCUGCCAGUUUUCGGUUCCUCAUCAUGUGACGACGCCAUCUUGAGUUUCAAACGACAGAGAAACAGUCUCUCGGCGCAACUCAAUCGGAUGAAACAACAGUUUGGCAUGAAGAGUUGCGAGCUGCUAGCACUGCAGUUAAAGGGCGACAAGAGUGGCAAGCAGCGUUACGGUAUUGUGUCAACUAAUGGAGGCUGGUGUAAAGAUGAAAGCAGAUCAUCAAGUAAGAGUCACAUUUUCGACAAAGGUUUUGCCGAUGCACUGGCCAACUUUUUCAAGGGCAAAAAGGUCGCAAGCUUUGGCGAUGGACCAGGUGACUACAAGAAGUAUAUAGACAAAUCACAGCUGGUAACGCUAUACGACGCUUACGACGGUGCUCCAUACUGUGAAGAAACCACGAGCGGGCUUGUGAACUUCCUUGACCUGACGGCGCCGCAGUACGGACUUCCGGUGUACGACUGGGUAAUGAGCGUAGAGGUGGCGGAACACAUCCCAGCGAAAUACGAAAGUGUGUAUCUGGAUAACAUAUUUCGACACGCCCAAGAAGGGAUUGUUCUGAGCUGGGCAGUGCCAGGUCAGGGAGGUCUUAGCCAUGUCAAUUUGAAAUCAUUCAAAGACGUCAGAAAGUUGUUGUUGGACAAUGGAUACGAACUAGACCCUAAGCCUGGCGAAGUGUUACGAAACGCAGCCGUUCAAGCAUGGUUAAAACAAAACGUUUAUGUAUAUAGAAGAAUAUCUAAAGUUCCUCUCCCAGUUGACAAUGCUUAGAAGUCCAAAGAAUUUGCGCAGAUAUUACCCAAACACCCCAAACAUGAACAUCCUACAAAAAUAGCCAUCUGCCUUAUGAUAUGUAAAAUAGUUGUGUAAUAUUCUGGGGGCAAAUGAAUACAACAGAAAGCACACCACCAACACGAUUACAUAUGAAAGGGCCAACGGUUUAUAAACCCCACAUCCACACCCACCAUAAAGAAGGCUAAAGUGAUUAUUAGUAUUAUAAAAUGUUUUGUGGGGUUUUUUUUUAAACUGUUCUGGACUCCCACAAACAUUGAAAUGGCCCAAAAAAUAAACAACCAAAAACAAAUCAAUCAAGCCAACAAAUCACAUAUGGCAAGCCAAAUUUAAAGUCCCAGAUCCUAGUUAGAACCCUUGAAAAUGCUCACUAAGUUUGGCUAAUUAUUUACAAACCUGUAACACAUUUUAAUAAAGUUAAAAUAGAGUGAAA